AUGAUCACACCACAUGACGACUUUGAAUGUAUCUUGAAAUGUCUCGAUCAUCCUCUCUGCGUUUCUGUGAACUUUGCCGCCGAAGGAAAAAAGUGGUGUGCGUUACUGUCCUCCAACAAGUUCAACGACCCCGACAAACUCAAAGAAAGCAAGAGUUGGCAUCACUAUUCGUCUUUUAAGAAUCCUUGUGGAAGCAGCCCAUGUCAGAAAAAUUCUACUUGUCAAGCUGGUUUUAUUUCAAAAGGAUACCGUUGUGUCUGUCGACAAGGACUCGGAGGAGAGAAUUGUAACAAAGUCAUUCUGCCUCAGAACUGUUCCCAAACCCCAAAGAAAACAGGAGUCUACAAAAUUUCCAAUCAUGGAUCAGACUCAUUCCCAGUGUACUGCGACCAGACAAGUGAUGGAGGUGGUUGGACGAUGAUAUUCAAAUACAUUGGAGGAAAUUCUUCCUCUCCGACUGCUGACACGUUAUGGAGUUCAUUCGACACAUUAUCAGAAAAUGUUAUCGCUGCCUUAGAUACCACUUCAACCUACCAGGGAAACUACAAAAACCGUAUCGUUCAAAGUUGGCAAAUUUUUAGCCCUCAAGAGGUUCGUGUAGUGCUUUACACGAAUGGAGCAGAAGUUAUGUCUAUGAAGUUCAAUGCCAGAGGAACAACUAACGUGGAUUGGUUUACACAAAAUAAUCUACUUCAAUCACCAUGGACAGAUCUUAAGAAUGCGACAACUUUAAAACCCUUUCGCAUCAAUGGCCAUUCUGUUUCACGAAAAUUUGAAAUUACAGCUAAGUACGCAGGAUGCCCUAAUGAUGUUGGGUGGUUUAUGAUCGGGGGAGCUUUCUGUGCCUGGGAGAGAUUUCACGCUGUGCCGGCAAUUCUAUACAGCAAGAAAACUCACAGAAUCACAUGGAAUAAUGUCCAAGCCGACGUCGGAGGCGCUGAGGUUAUGGUUGUGUAUGUACGUUGAAGACCAAGGAUGCCAAGCAAUGAAUGAAAUGUUGAGAAAUAAAAAUUCUGCUUAACCGUUAUACGCAAGAUGACCGCAAGAUCCUACAAAUCAUAUCGAAGUGCUCGACUGUUGACCUCGAUGGUUUCCGAAAAGAACUAGCUCGUUACUGCCAACGACGCUUAUCCUUAACCGCUAUCCUCC